AUGAAGGCCAGAUCAGAACCUCUCUUCAACAAAUAUGCUAAACUUGUUCCUAAAAAUCCAAUUGAGACCGAAUUAGCAAUGUCAAAGGUUCAUCUUUCGAAGAACUGGAAGAUCCCACCUCGUUUGAAGCCAGGGAGGCGUCCUGAUCCUCGCAGCGAUGUUAAGAACACAUUAGGGAAUGAAACAGAACCAAAUGGCAAGGAAAGCAAUGGUUUUGAGUAUGCUUCUCAAGAAAAAAGGAAAAUUCAGAAUAGGGAUGCCCAGAGAGCAUAUAGGGAACGGCGUGCCAAUAGAAUCGAUGAGCUGGAGGGAACUGUCGAGACCCUUCAAAAUAUGGUAAAAUCUUGGAGAAAAAAGUGUAAGGCCACUCAGGAGGAGCUUUUGCAGAGUAACAAGAUUAUCUAUAAUUUGCGAAAAGAAAACAAGCAGUUGAAAGAUAAUGUAGAGCAGCUAGAAUUAAAGACAGCUUCAAAAGCACUUACGAAGACUCCCCGCAGAGUGAAGAAAACAUCCAUUUCUCCCGCUCAAUCUUCCGAUAGCAACGAAAGUAACACCUGUAGUAAUGAUAGCAUGUUGUUCCUGAAUCCUGUGUUACAAAAUGUCAUAAAAAAUUUCAAGCCCAUGAAAGCUGUCACAUUAAAGAAACGUAAAAUCUCAACGCUAUCACAGCCUUCAUUAUUCGAAGAUUCCGCUACUACGCCAGUUUCAUACAACAGGUCAUCUUCAUUGUCAAGAAGCUCUGAGAUAACGGUGUCUCCAGAUGGUAAAUGCGGGUUCUGUUCAGAUUCUACUACAUGUGUUUGUAAAGAGUUAGAAAAGGAAGCCCAAGAAGUCAAGCUAAAGGAUGGUUGCAAUGGAAACAUUGCUACAUGCUUUCGUUGCAGUUCCAAAGUGGAAACGCUGGAGAAGUUGAAAGGGAACUGUGACGUGUCAAGGGAGUCUGGCGUUAUAUGUCCUUCAAGUCCCCUGAUCACCCAUUCGAAAAAGAAACGUUUGAAACUUAACGAUGCCAGUUGCAUCGAUAAACCUCCAAGCGUUUCAUCCCACAAAUUAGUGGGACAUGCUGACGAGAGUGAAGAAAAAAAAAAAGAUGACGAUUCCCUCAAUAUUUUUGAGAUUUCUGAUCGAUCGAGACCAAAUACCUUGAGUUCAGAGUCAAGUCCAGAUUCACGAGAUAAUUCCCUAGCUGUUUCAAUAGUCAGAGCUGCUCGCGAUGCCUCAGGGCUAAUUAAAAAUGAUGAGGUCACGCGGACCCAAAUCGGGAAGACAUGUAGAGGUUUGGAGCCUGGGUCGUGCGUUCAAUGUCGAGCCGAUCCACAAAGUGCAAUUUUCUGUAAAACGGUGUGUACACGAGAUAAGGAACAGAAACUCAAUGGUUCUCAGUCGAAUCCUGUACAAAGGCCUUCUGAAGUAAUACCUAUCAGUGAUGCAUAUCAAAGGGUAAGGAAAUACAUGAAAUUGAAAAAUAUGUGCGAAGACCAGGUAGGCCCCUCGACUUUACCAGUCUCAUUGCAUAAGGUAGCAUCGGAUCUACGAAUAAGUGAUAGAGAAGUUGAAAGAAGAAGUGUUGACGAUGCUAUUAAGGAGUUAGAUAAAAAUGCUAUGGAGUAA